UUUCCUCUCCCUCAUCUCUCCCGCAGAAAGAAGGAAAGCCGGGCCCUUACGAUCAAUCGAUCCGCUUCUCGGAUCCCGACCAGUGAUCUAAACAAACCAAAUAUGAAUGAUGCCGAUGUAUCCAAGCAGAUCCAGCAGAUGGUCCGAUUCAUCCGCCAGGAAGCGGAGGAAAAGGCCAAUGAGAUUUCUGUCUCAGCCGAAGAAGAAUUCAACAUUGAGAAGCUGCAACUAGUGGAAGCUGAGAAGAAGAAGAUCAGACAAGAGUUUGAACGCAAAGAGAAGCAAGUUGAUGUCAGGAAAAAAAUUGAGUACUCCAUGCAACUAAAUGCUUCUCGUAUUAAGGUUCUUCAAGCUCAAGAUGACUUGGUUAACUCUAUGAAAGAUGCUGCAUCAAAGGAGCUUUUGCGUGUCAGCCAUGACCACCAUAGCUACAAGAAACUUCUGCAAGAUCUUAUUGUUCAGAGUUUGCAUAAACUCAAAGAGCCUUCAGUCUUGUUGCGCUGCCGGGAAAGCGAUGUUCACCUGGUAGCUGAUGUCUUGCACUCAGCCAAAGAGGAAUAUGCAGCAAAGGCUGGGGUUCACCAACCUGAGAUCAUAAUUGAUCAAAUCCACCUUCCUUCUGCUCCCUCCCAUCAUGAUGCACAUGGUCCUUCCUGCGCUGGUGGAGUGGUUUUGGCUUCCAGAGAUGGAAAAAUAGUAUGUGAAAACACUCUUGAUGCAAGAUUGGAGGUUUUGUUUCGUAAAAAGCUCCCUGAGAUCCGCAAGCUGCUCGUUGGUCAGGUUGCAGCCCAAUAAAUUUAAGGUCCUGCCUUCCGUGUGUUAUGCAGCCAGUGCCAAUCACCACAUGACUUAUCAGCUGCUAUUGCCCACUUGUGUACUUGUAUUUCCUCUUCUUCCCCCAGGCCUUUCUUGCAUUAGAAGAGCUUUCCCUCUAUGCAGUUUUUUAUUUAAAUUAUUUGAUUUGUCGCAGACCUUGAUUGACUAUCAUGUUGGUCUGCGAUCUUUCUUUUCUAUGAUAUUAAAUAUCAGAAUAAAUGUAUGUUUGGUGAAAUGAGACAGAUAUAAUAAUAAUACAAUUCAAUCAUUAUUUUUAAUCUUCAAUUAGUGUCUCAAAGUUUCAGAGUUCCGCUUGGUCGUACCAAAAUAUUAGUCUUUCUUUGGGAUUAUAUUUCUGGUCUCUUCUCGUAGGUAAUGCUAAAUUAUUACUCCGUAUAAUGUUAAAGAAAAUCGAUAUUCUGAAAUUUUAUAUCAUCAUACCAAGUACCAAGACUACCAACAUACCAAAUACUCCGUAUAACAAACUGCUGUUAGGUGCGUGAGACUGCUGGAAAAUUGCCAUGACUCGUUUUGAAAUAUAAAUAGAAUGUGGUGGAUUGAAUUUGAAUAAGCUCUUUUGGUUUUUAAUCUGUUUAUUACAUGCGCAAACUUUUGGGUUGAUCUUCCCAAAAUUUUCUCCAUUUUCACCUUUUGGAUGACUAUUUCUCCCUGCACCUUCCUAUGGGGUUGAUGGAGC